AUGGCCGCCGGCGACGCGUCCGGCUUCAAGUUCCUGCUCUUUCUUGUCGCCAUUUACGGCCUCCUCGCCGUGCUCGUCCACUCGAUUCUCCACAUGCGCUUCAUUACGCCGCUUGAGAUCGACGCGCCGCUCGAUCGCUUCUCCGAGGCUCGCGCCGUCGAGCACAUCCGUGUCUUGGCCAAAGACAUCGAUAGCCGCCAGGAAGGGAGUCCUGGAUUAAGAGAAGCUGCUCGAUACAUUACAGCGCAGUUGGAAAUGUUGAAGGAGCGAGCUGGACCUAAUCUUAGAGUUGAGAUAGAAGAGACGGUUGUGAAUGGCACAUUUAAUAUGCUGUUUUUAGGCUAUAGCAUAUCUCUGGGAUACAGGAACCACACAAACAUUGUGAUGAGAAUAUCAUCAGUAGAUUCACAAGACUCUGAUGCGUCAGUAUUGUUGAAUGGCCAUUUUGAUAGUCCACUUGGUUCUCCAGGUGCAAGUGAUUGUGGUUCAUGUGUAGCAUCGAUGCUGGAAAUAGCAAGACUUAUUGUGGACUCUGGAUGGGUUCCCCCUCAGCCUGUUAUUUUUCUUUUUAAUGGUGCAGAAGAGCUCUUUUUGCUGGGGUCUCAUGGCUUCAUGAAGACACAUAAAUGGCGUGAAACUAUUGGAGCUUUUAUAAAUGUGGAAGCGUCGGGGAUAGGCGGUCCUGAUUUAGUUUGCCAAUCAGGACCUAGUUCUUGGCCUUCUCAGAUCUAUGCUCAAUCAGCAGUAUAUCCCAUGGCACAUAGUGCAGCUCAGGAUGUUUUUCCUGUUGUUCCUGGAGAUACAGAUUUUCGAAUAUUUUCUGAAGACUAUGGUGACAUCCCUGGCUUGGAUAUUAUCUUUCUCCUUGGUGGUUAUUUUUAUCAUACAUCCUUCGAUACAGUGGAGAGACUAUUACCUGGAAGUAUACAAGCUCGUGGAGAAAAUCUAUUUAGCAUACUUAGAGCGUUCACCAAUUCUUCUAAGCUACAAAAUACGCUUGAAAGACAUUCUAAUUUAUCAACUACCAAGCAGCAGGAGGUUGGACGUGCUGUUUUCUUUGAUUAUUUAACAUGGUUCAUGAUAUACUAUUCUCGGAAGGUAGCUAUGGUACUUCACCAUAUUCCUAUUGGCAUCUUCCUGGCUAUGCCAUUUUUCUCACAAAAGCAGAAUUCUGGACUCCUAUCUUGGUUUGCUACUUUCAGCAGUUUUGUAAAAGGAAUGCUAUUUCAUGCUGCUGGGGUUGUUCUAGCAAUUGUAAUUCCGGUUAUCUUUUCCAUCCUGAGAUUGUUGUUUACUAGUCGUGCAAUGAACUGGUUUGCUCAUCCAUAUUUGGCUUAUUUGAUGUUCACACCCUGCGCUCUUGUUGGUCUGUUAAUACCAAGAUUUGUUUGGAGUAGCUUUCCCCUCACUCAAGAGGCAUCAGUUGUCAAGUCUUUAAAAGAAGCUUUAUCUGAUGAAGCAAGGUUCUGGGGAGCAUUUGGAUUAUACGCUACAAUAACGCUGGCUUAUCUGUAUGCUGGGUUGAGCGGGGGCUUCUUGACUUUUUCACUGGCCGUGUCUAUGCUUCUUGGAUGGAUUUUAUAUUGCUUAUCAGUCAAAUUAUUUGGUCGCAAAUCACUCAGGUCAACAUUAAUUUAUAUGUUACCUAUACUUCCAUGCCUUGCGUACUCUGUGUAUUUUGGUGCAUUUCUUGUCCAGUUUUUGAUUGAAAAGAUGGGUAUGAUGGGUGCUUUGCCACCUCCAUAUGGAUAUUUCGUUCCUGACAUUGUGUUGGCUGCAGUAGUUGGACUCGUGACCAGUUGGUCUGUAGGCCCUCUGAUACCUAUUUGCGGUCGCUGGUUAGCCAGGUCAUCCAUUUUGCAAGUCUUGUUGCAUCUUACUGUGCUAGGCUUGGCUCUGUCAUCUCAGUUCUUUCCAUACAGCACGGCUGCACCUAAGAGAGUUAUUUUCCAGCAUACAUUUCUCACUGAAGAUGCAAAUCAUGUUGUGGAGUCCAGCUAUGAUUUUUCUGUUGUGGAUUCCAAUUCAUUACUUUUUCUUUUCAAACACGCACCCGAGGUUGCAAAGGAAUUGCACAUUAGUUCAGAGUUAUCUUUUGAAACUGCAAAAUCAUCUCACCGUGGGACUUGGAUGGGACUUUUUCCUGUUUCUCAUUUGUUCACAAGAAGCUUGAAGUUUCCUGCAAGUAGUGAUGGUAUUCUAAAGCAAUACGGGCAGUUCCCUCAUCUGUCCUCUUAUAAGCCACAUACAGUAUUUGGCGAGGAAUCUCGGAGAAUAUACUUGGAACUGUUUUUAGGUUCCUUGGAGGAGGUUUGGGUUGCAGUCCUCAAUAUUACAGGCCCUUUAUCUAGUUGGUCAUUUGCAGACAAUACACUUCCAGCUACUGAGACAUCUGAUGGAGGUCCGCCAUCAUACAUAUGCCGACUUAGUGGAGCUAGUCCUGAGAAUUGGUCCUUCUGGUUAGAGGCUAACAGUUCUGAAGAGCUAAGGGUAGAAGUUGCUGUCGUAGAUCAGUAUAUGGUUGAUGAUGCAAAGAAGCUGAAAGGGCUUUUUCCGGAGUGGGUGGAUGUAGUUGCUUAUUCUGGCUUUUUGUCGAGUUACAUUUUCUAGUUUCGAACCACAGGUCAUUUUGCAUCUUAAGAUAGAAACUGUUCAGAACAAAGCUUUAUGAACCCCCCAUUGAGUUAGAAAUGAAUUUUGAGAUAUUCAAUAAAUGCAGUAUAUCUCACAGGGCAUCUUUCCCUUACAAACCAAUUGCUUUCUCUUUUUGUUUGCUUUCUCUUUUUGUGUUUGUUGGCGUAGUGUAUUAUGAUGAAUGGACGAUAAGAUGAUACCGAUCUGACCAGCCCUUCAGAGAUAUAUCGAUUAUGACUUCAAAACUUUGCUUC